CUCGUUUUUCGCAUGGUGGUUUGUAAAUUAAAUGCAGAAUGUCUUUGUGAUCUGUAUUUAGAUCUGUAAAUAAUGAAGUAAUUUUUGAUCAGGGUAAAACCUGGGGACAUAACAGAGCUCUCAUGUAUGACACAUUUUAUGCUGAUGUUAGUUGAUGGAAAUUCAUUUCUCUGUUAGUUAAAUGUCAUCGCUCACCAAAGAUACUGAAAAUGAAGAGCUUAAUAUUCAUGACAUUUUAGCUGAUUUUUUCAUAAAGAAGAUUGAGAUGCCAAGCAGCCGCAGUCGGCAUGACUCAGGAGAAGACAGAAGAAGAAAGAAGUCUAAACACAAGAGUAAGAAAAAGAAGUCCAAGAAGUCGAAGAAUUACUCCAGUGAUGAUUCAGAUAGCAAACAUAAAAGAAUUGGUUCUCAAUCUGAUUCUGAAGAAAAAGAUAUUUUGAGACUGAAGAAAAUAAAAAAGGUGGAAGCAAGAGGCAUAUCUUAUGUUGCACCAUUGUCCACUGGCCAGCAAUUGCAAAAUGAAGAUAACUUAGUUACAGAUUUCAGUAGUAUUCCAUUAUGUUUGUCAGGUAAAAGUGAUGAAAAGUAUGGGCCUUCUCUAGAACUUUUGCUUUCAGGAAGUUCUAAUAAGACUGUUACUGAUACUAAAUCAGAAAGUAUAACUUCUUCAUCUGAGCCUAGCUUUCUGAUCUGUCCAGAAAAAAACCCCAAACCUGGGAGUAGUCUUGAUUUUUCCUUGAUUAAUUUGCCCAGUAAAAAUGACAGCAAAGCUGCUGAUGUGCCCGGUGUUUUACCAGAUAAAUCAGCAGUUCCAAGUAAAGAUUUGUGCUUUUCAAAUGGCACCAGAGAGAAAGAGUUGCAGCUCACCAUAAAUUUUGAUGUUGCUGGAACUCAGAGCAGCCAUUGUAAAUCUGCUGAAGAUAGAGGGAAAAAAUCAAAUAUGCAAGAACUAUCUGCCACAUGUUCAUCAUCAGAACUAGCAGAAAAACCUGUACCUGUAAUCCCGUCCCAGUCUGUAUCUGAAGUUUCAGGUAAAAAAGACCCUGGAAGCAAAAAACGUCAGUACAGAUCUCCUAAUUCAAGAAGCUCAAGGUCUAGGUCAAGGUCCAGAGGUGGUCGCUCUUCUAAAGCCGAAAGAAUACAUUCUAGAUCUAGAUCACAAGACAGAAAGGAGAAGCAUUCCUCAUCUGAAAGAAACAGAUCAAAAAGGAAACGCUCCACAAGAUCUCGUUCCAGGAGCAGGUCACGACGCUCUGCAUCUUUGAGAGCCAGUCGCAGAAAAAGAAGUUCCUCCAAUAGAAGAUCUAAAUCAAGAUCAAGAAAACGUUCAGGAUCAAGGUCUAAAAGAAGUAGAAGGCAAUCUCAUUCAAGAUCUUAUGGUUCUCGUUCACGCUCCAGGGAACGCAAAUCUCGAAGGGAUCGUCGCUCAAGAUCGGAUAAUUCCUCUUCAAAAAGUUCUAAGUUCAGGAAGCGAUUUCGCUCCAGAUCAAAGCAGUCACGCUCUAGAUCCAGGAAACGAUCAAAGUCGGUAGAGAAAUAUCAUAAAAGUAAGAAAUCAAAAUCUAGAAGCAUUAGUCCACUGUCUAGAUCCAGGAAACGAUCAAAAUCGGUAGAGAAAUAUCGUAAAAGUAAGAAAUCAAAAUCUAGAAGCAUUAGUCCACGGUCUAGAUCCAGGAAACGAUCAAAGUCGGUAGAGAAAUCUCAUAGAAGAACGAAAUCAAAAUCUAGAAGCACUAGUCCACGGUCUAGAUCCAGGAAACGUUCAAAGUCGGUAGAGAAAUUUCAUAGAAGAACGAAAUCGAAAUCUAGAAGCACUAGUCCACUGUCUAAAUCCAAAAAGUCACCAGUUGGUGAUAAGCCUACAAACUCAGAAAAAUCUUCAGAUACUAAAUCAGUAAAGGAACCUGAAUCUACUCAUUCAAAUUUUACGCUAGAAACCAACAGCACUAUUGAUGGGAAAGGUAAUUCAGAAACGGAAGAAAAAAAUAAAAGUAAAAUUGUAGAUUCUCAAACAGUUCAAAAUUCUGAAACAAAGGAAAUGGAUGAAAGUAAAGUUGUGAACCCUCAAUUUGUAGCAAAAGAAAAAGAUGUAAGUAAAAUUCGAGACUAUCAAUCUGAAACAAAAGAAAGAGACAGGACAAAGAUCAAGAAAUCUCAGUUUGAAACAAAAGAAGAAGACAGCUGUAAAAUUGAGGACCCUCAAUUUGUAACAAAAGAAAAAGAUGUAAGUAAAAUUGGAGGCUCUCAAUCUGAAACAAAAGAAGAAGACAGGACAAAGAUCAAGAAAUCUCAGUUUGAAACAAAAGAAGACGACAGCUGUAAAAUUGAGGACCCUCAAUUUGUAGCGAAAGAAAAAGAUGUAAGUAAAAUUGGAGAUUCUCAAUCGGAAACAAACGAAGGAGACGGGACAAAGAUAGAGAAAUCUCAGUUUGAAACAAAAGAAGAAGACAGCUAUAAAAUUGAGGAUUCUCAAUUUAAAACAGAAGAAGGAGAUGAAAGUAAAAUUAGAGACCCUCAAUCUGGAGCAAAAGAAAAAGACGAAACUAAGAUAGAGAACUCUCUGUCUGAAACAAUAGAAAAAGAAGGAUGCAAAAUUGGGCACUCUCAGUCUGAAACAAAAGAAAAAGAUAGUGGUAUGAUUAGGGACUCUCAGUCUGAAAUAAAAAGAAAAAACAAAUGUAAGAUUGAAAAAUCUCAGUCUGAAACAAAAGAAAAAGACAGAAGUAAGAUUGGGGACUUGCAGUCUGGAACAAAAGAAUGUAAAGAGCGCAGAAAAGGAUCCACGUCUGUAUCCAGAAAAUCCCGUUCUGAUUCAAAAAGUAGAAAAAAGAAAUCAAGGUCAAGAGACAGAAGCCGCAGUCAAAGAAGGAGAUCUACCUCCAGAUCCCGCCGAUCUUCUUCAAGAUCCCGCAGAGAUUCCAAGGAAAAAAAGAGCAGCAGUAAAAAACAUUCUUCUUCCAACUCAAGGUCCUAUUCUAGUAGAAAGAAUCAUUCCUCAAAUUCAAAAAAUAAAACUGAGAAUAGAAAAUCUCGAUCUCGUUCUGCAUCUCGAGAGAGAAGUGGAAGGCGGUCUUCGUCUAAAUCCCGCAAAUCAAGGAAACGAUCUCGAUCUAGUUCCAGACAUUCUCGUUCUCCAUCAAAGUCAUCGAAAGCAGAAAAGAAAAGAAGUAACACCAAAAUUGACCAGGCCAAAAUAUUAGAGCUGGCCAGGAAGAAUGUUUUGUCGAUGAUUGAAAAAGGUACAUUACCGGAAGGAUUGCCAGUAGAUAAUUUCAAAAAGGAUCAGUUGGUUACAAUUAAAUCUGGUGGUAAAUCUGUACAAGAGCUUACUGAUUUCUGUGUCAAGUUAUCAAGUGAAGAAAACGAUCCUCCUAAAAUUGAUAUUCCAGAUAAAAAAGAAACUGCUGAUGUUGAUUCCCAUUUUAUUCACCAUCCAUUCAAACUGAAAGAACAAUCCAUGAUAAAGUUAAAUAUUAAGAAUGCUGUGCAGAUACCUACCAAGACCCACGCAGAAAAAGUUGCAGAGACGGCUCGGUUAAGUUCCCAGUUUCCUGUAUCAAGUGGGAACCAGCAUAGACAGAAAGAGCUGGAAUGGAUUCCUGUUGAGCCAAAGAAAACUGUUCCAGGGAAGAAAAGCAAUGAAUCAAAAGCAGUUGUCCCAUUGGCACCUCAACCCAAAAUAAUACCUGAAAAGGUUCCACAGACGAUUACUCCUGAGACAACUGUUGCACAGCAAAUACCACUUCCAACCACUAGUCUGCCUGAACCUGCUUUGCCUCCACCACCACUACCUGUUGCAGAAUAUUACACGUUCCCACCACUUCCUCCAGAUCCUCCGCUGGCUGUUCUGGCUCCUCCUCCUGCACCCCCACAGAAUCUAUUAACUUAUCCUACAUUUGAAUAUGCUCCUCCUGAAGAAGUCCAGAAUUUCAACAAUGUUCCUCAGACUGUAGUGCCUCCUCCAAGCACGGUAUCUUUUCAGUCUGUUCCAUCUCCACCUGUGAUGCCGUCUCGAACCUUGUUCAAGAGCAAAAAGACAAUUGAUAUUUCUGCUAUCGUCACCAACAGGUUUAAGGCGCUGACAAAAUUGCAGUCUGAUCCCAAUGAUAUUGAAGCAUUAAACAUCAUCAAUGAAGCAGAGCAAAGUAUUCAAGAGUGGGUUCAGUCUCAGCAAGUCCCUGGAAUGUUUACUGGAAGCACUGAUGUCAAACUUUUAAGUGUGAGGGAGCUCUGUGGCCCAAGGAAUUUUCACAUUAAGAAAGAUAUUCUUACUUGUGCUGCACCUGUAAUGGAAGGAAAAGGAAUGAGUUUGCUGAAGAAGAUGGGUUGGAAUCCUGGCGAAGGACUCGGAAAAAAUAAAGAGGGUGCUUUAGAGCCUAUUAUGCUGGAUAUGAAAACAGAUAAAAAAGGCCUGGUAUCCGAAGGUGAAGGAGCUAAGAGAGCAGUUGCCGCAUCGUUAAUGAAAGAAUUAGAAGGAAAACACCCUGUUUCAGCGUUGAUGGAACUGUGUAGCAAGAGAAAGUGGAAGCCACCUUUAUACACAAUAAUAAAGGAUUGUGGUCCUGCUCACAAGAAACAGUUCCUUUUUAAGGUGGAAGUAAAUGACGUAGACUAUCAACCAAUUACUCCGAGUUCUAACAAGAAAGAUGCCAAAGCUGAAGCAGCAAUAGUAUGCUUGCAGUCACUAAAUGUUUUCGCAAAACAAUCUUAAAAGGCUUUGAUGGACAUAAAUGUGAAAAAAUUAUAUUCAUGGUUUUUGAACACUAAAAACAAAGGUUAAUCCUGCAUAGAUGGAUUUUGAUGAUUACUAAUAGUGGUUCUCAUUGGAUUUCAUUUAAUUAUCGCCAUUCAUGGACUAAGAAUGUUAUAUUUUAAAUUUCCAAAUCAUGCCAGUAGUAUCGUUGUAGCCUGGCCAUGACAUUGUAAACUUUGAUUAUUUUUUACCAUUGGCAUAUAUGUUAUGAAUUUUCUUUAUACUGUGAACUCCCGAUUAUCCAUGUAAUAGAGAGGUGCGAUAACCGUAGAUAAGCGAAUCCAUCAAUUAUCCAAAAAGUAGGUAAAAUGUGCUAUUAAUGCAUGGAAUAGAAAAAAGUAUCAUAUAAUUGCAUACAUUUAAACUACAGCUAAAGCAAUAACAGUGUAUUUAAAAAAUGUAAGUAAAAUUAUGGAAAAAAAAAAGAUUUAUCAUUAUUGCGAGAGCAGAUCAUACACGUAUAGGAGCAAAUGCUGCAAACAGAUAUACUAAAACAGAUCAAGUUAGGUUGCACUGAAAUCUUGUAGGGAAGGGGAAGGGCUUUUUUUUCACAGACUGGUCUGAUCACUUGGUUAUGCACGUAAGUGGUGCAAACCUGAAUAGAGUAGAUCUAAAUCAGUUAACAGUGCUAAUCCAUAAGUCAGGUUUUGGAAGGUUUGAUUUUAUUUUAAGGGAGAGGCAAGGAAGAAAUUUUAAUGUAAAAAAUUGAUUUUGCUCUUGUUAAGUUAAAAUAAGUACAUUGAUUUACAUGAAGUUAAUAAUCGCCAUUUUUUUUUUGAAAAUGUGAACAGCAGCGGAUAAGCCGCCUUGGGAUAAUCGGGAGUUGACUGUGUAUAUAUAAAUAAUGUAUGUACUUGGUUAAACAUCAUUAUAAAGUCAACUGUGGAAACUAAGCAACAGUGACUAGAUAAAUGGGGGGACCAUAUAUGAGAUAAAAAGGUAAACCUAUCUAUUUCAACUAAUAAAUAUAUGUUAUUUAGGUGUACUAUUUAAGCCAACUUAAAACAGUUUAACAGAAGUAUUAUAAUUUGAAAUCAAUUCCUUUGUUUUAGUUAAACUUGCUGCAAUAAUUAGCUGCAAAUAUGUGAAAUAAGAACUGGUAUAUGAUAAUUAUAGCUAUUUUUUUUAUGAAGAACCGUCUUUGCCUUAGUUAACAUAUUAUCAAGAUUACUCUUUCUAACACAUUUAGUUUUAAAAUGCUCCUGUGAUGCUACUGAGUGUGUUGAAAAAGCAAAGAGAAACUUUAUAUGGAUGUCUCAAUUGGAAAAUCGAUUAACUCCACUUUUAAAAAAAAUCCUCAUUUCUGCUUUAAUAGUGCUCUGUCAAUGCUUAGCAUGUGAAGUUAUAUUAAACUUUUGGUUCAGUACAUUUCUGACCAUGUGAUGAAAGAAAAUGAAACACGAGGACCUAUUUACUUCUAUAAAUAUAAGACCAUCUUCUUCAUAACUCUUCUCUACUUUUUGUUUUAUGUAUUUAGUCGAUUUGGCAAGUGAAGCAUCCAUAUAGUACUUUGAGUAGUUGGCUAAAUGUUUUCAUUACCCCUCUUUUUUUAAAUGUGGAAAGAGGAUGGGGCCUAUUUCUCACUUGAAAUAAAUUUAGAGAAGUAAUUGCAUCUUGAAAGAAAAAGAUUUCAUUUGCUAAUUGCAGGAAAUCUUACUGAAAGUGACCUUAAUAGCAGGUAUGGAGUUUGCGGGACAACCAUAAACGUUACAAAUUAUACUAAGUGUCCUGGUAGUCAGCCAAGGUGUUAUAAGUGACCUCAUAAUGAUAGUCAUACAUUUUAUGUCUGUAUCACUUUCAUACUGUUUUAUUUUUCUUAAAACCUAGUUAUUAGAUGCAUCAGAUUUCAUCUUUUAUAGCCCCCCCCCUCCCACUUUGAAAUAACUAUUUUUGAACAUGAAAGUCAAUUUAUGCGUUAUUACAUCUGCCUUAUAGUUUUAAGUGUUGCCUCUGCUCAAACGUUUUUAUAAAUAGAUAACUUUGUUCUUUCUUUAUUGAAGAGGGAAUUUCUGUUUUAACUACAAGAAUGAACUGUAAUUUUUAAGUACAUUUUUAACUGUCAUGUUUCGUUAGAAACAAGCUAUGAUGUAACAAUUUUGUUAGAAGUAUGUUUGUAAAAUUGAAUAUUGUACAAAGUAAACUUAUUAUAAUAAACAAAA